GUCAUAUGUACGAUGUACGACUGUUUUUUUUUGUUGAGAUUUUUAGCCAAAGUACCUCGUUAAUCUAAAUCUAAUUUUUCUAUCAAUUUAAUAAAUAAAUAAAAAUAUGAAUCUCUUACCUAAGAGCCAUAAAGAAUUCAGUGAAAAAGAUUACUGGAAUAAAUUUUUCAAGAAACGUGGAAAUAGAGCGUUUGAAUGGUACGGGGAGUAUUUAGAACUAUCUUCUCAUCUUCACAAGUACAUAAAACCCAAAGAUGCUGUACUUAUCACUGGAUGUGGUAAUUCAAGCCUUAGUGCGGAUUUAUAUGAUGUCGGGUAUCAUAAUAUUACAAAUAUCGACGUUUCUGAAGUUGUGAUAAGGCAAAUGAAUAAUAUAAACGCUAAGAGAAGCGCUAUGAAGUUUCUAUGCAUGGAUGCUAUGAAUAUGACUUUUGAAAAUGAAGAGUUUAACGUGGUACUAGAUAAAGGUACUUUAGAUGCGCUCAUGCCUGAUGAUGGCGAGGAAACUCAAAGAAGAAUUGAUAAAUAUUUCUCAGAAAUAAAGAGGGUGCUGAAACUUGCUGGCCGCUAUGUCUGUGUGACGUUAUUGCAGAGUCAUAUAUUGAAUAAAUUAUUGGCGACUUUUUGUGAUAAGUCAUGGAUGUUAAGAGUAGUAAGAUGUCACGAGGCGGAGGAGAAAAAUGCUGAGAACAGUGAUGGACCGACUCUGCCAGUGUUUGUUGUUGUCGCCACAAAGUUUAAACAAAUGCCCCAAUUAAUUCUUGAAGUAUGCAUGGCGGGAGACAAGAUGGUACGGUUGAGUAAAUUUGAAGAGGUCACCGAGUAUGUAAAGUCUUCUCAGGAUGCGGCUUUUGUAACCAGCAGCCUUGCUCGGAGUACCCUGGCUGAUGAUGAUGAGGUAUCCUUUGAUCUGUUCCGGCCGGGUGAGAAGAGUCCCCGCUACACACUGUACGUAGUCGAUCAGAAGAUGCAGCAGGGCGACAACAAAUAUGCAGUCUUCAUUGUUCCACAAGGCAGGGAAUCGGAGUGGCUGUUCGGAUCGCCUGCCGGCCGCCGCCACUUGCGGCACACCGCGCGGUUCGGCCGAUUGGUGGUGGCCGCGUUGCGCAGGGGCAACCAUUUCGACUCCCUCGACGAGGUCAAGGAAGAGUUGGCCCAGUCGGCGAAGAUGCUGACACCGUACGGAUUUGUGGGACAAAUACCCUUCGUGUCGCUAGGGAACGAAUUGGGCCGUCGCGUGAAGGUUCACGAGGGUACGUCAGCGCUUUCUGGCAAUUUCGUGGUCGAAGACGUCGAUGUGGAGGGUGAAAUUUAUCGCAGGCUCGUUUUCCUUGAGAACCAGUUCCUGGUUCAAUCUGAGGCUAGGCUAAAACCUGUGACGCACAAGAACAAGUCCCGCCUCGCGGUGGACUUCGGAAUCAUGUCGCUGUACCAGGCGUUUAUGUGCGUGGGCGUGCAAAUGUCGCGGGGCGCGGGGGGUGGGGGCGGCGCGCGCGCAGCGCUCAUCGGGCUCGGCGGCGGCGGGCUCGCCAUGUUCCUGAGGCUCUGCUAUGCUGAUCUCAAGGUGACAGCCGUAGAUAUAGAUCCAGUUAUGUUGGACGUGGCCAGAGACCACUUCGAGCUGAAGGUGGAUGACAGGCUGAUGGUGCAGAUCAAGGAUGGCCUGGAUUUCUUGAGGGACGAAGCUAGAAAUGGACACAAGUACGAGUCUGUGAUGUUCGACAUGGACAGCAAGGACUCCACCCUGGGCCUGUCGUGUCCGCCCAAACAGUUCCUGGAUAACGAUGUGUUGGAGGACGUCAGAACUAUACUCACGGACGACGGCCACUUCAUCGUGAAUCUCGUAUGUCGCAACGAAGCACUGCAUUCUUCGAUAAUAAAAAUGAUGAAACCACAUUUCAAGCAUAUAAUGACUGCGACACUAACCGAAGAUGUGAACGAGAUUCUAAUAGCCACGAAUGGCAAGAACGUUUACAAGAUGGACGCUUUAGAGGAUGCUGUGAAGAGAUUGAACGCGGCGGCGCGCGAAAGCAAAUUGGUUGCUGUGAACUCUGUGGAUUUGAAAGAUUUUAUGCAGAAUGUCAAUAUAGUGUCAUAGUGGAGGAACAAAGUAAAAUCGUAUACGUCCCGAAAUUUAUUAAGAGUUUGUCUGCGUAACGUAAAAUAUGGACUUUUUUGAUUCGUGGAAAAUUUAACGCUAACUCUUUGUUCGUUUUUUUUAAUGUUUUUUUAUGUCAAUUUUGAAAUGAAUCGAGUGUACUGAAGUACCACUCAAAAUGGUAUUCGUUGCCUUAAAAAACUGUAGAAAAGUGAUUUCAGUUAUAUUUUUCGUGUUUAUCAGAAAGUGCUUCAGAAAUGUUGACUAAAAAUACUUUAUAAAAAAAAAGUAAAUAGCUUACCAAUACUGACUAAAUUGUAUAUAAUUAGUUAUAUAUUUUCAAUAAUGUGUGUAACUGUGAUAAGUUAAUUUAAGCUUGGAAUCUUAUAUAUUGUAACAAAGAUCAAAUUACAAAGUCGUCAAAAAAAAUGUAUAAUAAAUAGCCCAUCCAUUAGUUUCCGGUGCAAAGAUGCCCAGAACACUUGCUGCAUCGCCAAAAAUGAGCCAGAGCGGGAGUUCCCAGUCUUACUAUUAAUUCAGUCUUUCAUAAGACACUUAUGACCGUUUUCACCAAUAGGUUCUUAACUCACCCCUAACUUAGUAUAACCUAAGCUAGGGGUCUCAUAAAACCAGAUACUUACCUACCUUCAUUUUCACCACGCUAGUAGGCGUUUCCUAUCAGGGAAACAUGACACCCUAGUUAAGUGACGUUUUGUAAAAAGCCAAAAUCUUUAAAAUAAUGUGAAAAACAAAGUUUAAGUAAGUUAAUUUGAAGGCUCACUUAAGUUAGGUAACACUAAAGCAGUGGUGAAAAUGAAUUUUUACUAAGGGCCGCUUAGGGGAAUCUUUGGUGAACACGGGCAUUAGCGUCCAAUCCCCAAGUACUUUUCCUUAAGGCGGCUUCAAAGCGCCGCCUACUUUAGACGCUUUCAUUAGCUGCAGCAUCAUCAGCGUGCUUGAUUCCAAGGCACAAGCAUGAACCGGUCAGGUCUUAAUUUGAUCUUUUUACAUUGUAUAAGAUAUUACUAUUGUAAUUAAAUAUAAAAGCUUGAAAUGAAACAAAACAUUAAAAUGAAUGCAUUUAA